AUAAAUGGGAAAGGAACAUACUUUGUCGUAUCAUUGAGUAAUUAUCAGCCACCAGAAGCUGAUUCUUCUCGAACAGUUAAGAGUGCUCGCUCUUUUGGGAAGUGAUUUUAGUUAAUAACUUCCACGCAUUUUUUUGCUUUCAAAUUAUUAUUUUAUUUUUCUUAAAGUGUGUGAUAAGAAAAAUAUGAUAUUACAAAACGCGGAACUUUGCAUAAAUGCGUCACAGUGCCAAAGAAUUUGGUUCACAUUUGGCGAAGAAUUGAUCCCAAUUUGACGUACCUUCUUGGCACAUUUCCCCCCCACAUUACUUUGUAAUUGUUUCUCAUCUUCUUCUGUGCGCGUGUGUGUCGCGAUCUUCUCUGGUUUCUCGAGGAAUCCCCUCUGUGUGUGUUUGAUCGCAUAAUAAAAUAUACAAAAGAGACAUAAAUUGCGGGCGAAAUUGUCAAGGUUUUGACCUCACCUCAACCCUGACCGCUUAGCCCCUAGCAGCUGCAUCUCAUCUUGAGAUCAUGGAGAAAGGAAAGUUCAAAGGAUCUUCCCGCGCGGAUGACCUCACGGGUCUCCUGGCGGAUUUUGCGAAUGAAUUUGAAGCUCGUGCCGAUGAGAUUCGUCUCAAGCAAUCCAAAUUGGAUCAUCUGCACGAGCUUCACUACGAUGGGAUUCACUACAAACGCUUCACGAAGCGCAAUCACGUGUACUUCCUUGCUUUUGGGAUUUUCUAUGUAUUUUUUCUCGUGCUCGGUGCUCUUAGUUUUAUGACCGUUGAAUCCCCCACGGAAUUGGCCAUUAGGAAAGAGCUGAGAGUGUCCAGAAACGCAUUUCUCACCAAGUACAGCAUUCAAGAUGAUGAUCUCGAGGCAUUUCUCAAGGAAGUCGUGACUGCCAGUGAACGGGGUAUCUCCAUUCUUCGCAAUGCCUCCUCCAGUGAGCUCAACUGGAGCUUCGGACAGGCACUCUUCUUCUCCAGCACUGUCGUUACAACAAUUGGGUACGGGCAUGUGACACCAUUGAGUGAGACUGGGAAGAUUUUCUGCAUGAUUUACGCUACCCUGGGGAUUCCGCUAACGCUGGUACUUCUGUCGGCUAUCGUAGAUCGCCUUAUGGUACCCGUGAGCAGCCUGUUGGGCUUCAUGAAUGCCAAAUUGGGCCAUCUCUAUCAGCCAUUCAAUAUUCGUCUCCUCCAUUUGCUACUACUCGUGAUUGUGAUUGGUCUACUCUUCCUUGUGGCUCCGAUGUUUAUCUUUGCCUACAUGGAGCCAAGUUGGGGCCUCCUGGAUGCCUUCUACUACUGCUUCAUCUCACUCACAACCAUUGGGCUGGGGGAUUUCAUUCCGGGCGACGGGGAGAGUGUUGCCAAUCCGACGGUGUACAAAACCCUCACCACGUGCUACCUCCUCCUUGGCCUGGCGGGUGUCAUGCUGGCACUGUCGGUGUUCUAUCAGAUCCCCCAGCUGAAUCUGGGGCAGUUGUUCACGGAAUACGGCAGCGGGGCGAGUGAGUCGGAGAAGAUGAGACUGUCAGGCGCGGGGGCGCCCUGCUACUCCGGCCCAACGGGGCUUUACAUUCCGCAGCGUGAUGAGGAGGUGAGACGGGCUGUGGUGCGGAUCAGGCCACGCGGAGAGGAUUCCCCGAGCCCCGAGGAUACAACACCAAUGCAUGCCAGGGAUAUUCGUGUACCGUAAGCGCGCGCCGGAAGAAGAUGGGAAACAUCAUUUACAAAGUGAUUCGUAUAGGAAGCCCACAGAAAUUACGCGGGGUGUGAGUAACAUAAACAACAUGAUAAAAUAUCCAAAAAAAACAUAUUUUACAUUUUAAGGAACAAGAAAAAAAAAUCAUUAAAAAAUAUCAAACUCUUAGAGCCAUAUUAUAUUAAAAAAAAUCUAUUUAAAAAAAAAUGAAAAA